UCCUUUCAAUUUCCUCAAACCCAAAUUUCUUUUCCAUUAAUUUUUAUAUUUCUUUUUUUUUUUUACCAUUUUCAAUUUAUUUUCCAAUUUUUACUUCAAGGGCUAUGGAGGUUUUCGCCGGCGACCGGCAAAUCCCCAACCCCGACGGCUUCCCUCAGCAUAUAGCUCCUUUUCCGGAGCCGACCGACCUCAUCUACGACCAUCCGACGGCUGUGCUUCACUCGCCUGACAUCAUCAACCACCGUCCGAUUUCGCCGCCGCAGAAACUCCGUCCGAUCAGGUGCAACGCGAGGUAUCCGGCGGGGGAAUUUCCGGACAGCGGAGGCCUCGUCGGAACCCUAGGAAAUGGGUUUCUGAGCAGCCAGACUGGUUGCUUCGACGGAGAGUUUGAGUGGGCCGUGAAAGUUGAAGGCGGCGAUGCUCCACCAAUGAGCACUGUUUGUGGGAAUGUUUCUGCGGCGGCGGAUGACCCGAUUGGAGUCGGGUCGGGUACGUCAGUUGAAGGCUGGAAACCAGACGGCGUGAAACGAGGACUGGAGAACGAGUCUAGAUUCUUCCCCGUCCUCAGUUCGUCUUCAGAUGAUGGUGUUGAGUGCUUGGCAACAAACUUCAAAGGUCCAGUUAACCAAAAGAGGCGGAGAAAAUCCAGGAGGAAUGAUCUUGAGCAUUUUCUGGAAAGUCUGGUGAUGGAAGUGAUGGAGAAACAAGAGAAGAUGCAUAAGCAGUUGUUAGAGAUGAUGGAGAAGAUGGAGAAAGAGAGAGUAAUGAGAGAAGAAGCUUGGAAGCAGUUGGAGAUAGAAAGACGCAAGAGGGAUGAGAUGGUAAGAGCCGAAGAGACUUCUCGAAGCCUAGCCCUCAUCUCCUUUAUCCAGAAUUUGUUGGGUGAAGAAAUUAAAAUCCCCAAACCAGGGCCUCAACUCACCGUGGAAGAAAACGGGGUGAAAACUGACUCGCAACCAGAUAAUAAACGCGAUACAAAUAACAAAAUCAAAUGGCCAGAAGCCGAAGUACAAGCCCUCAUCGCUCUCCGAACUGUGCUGGAACAUAAGUUUCAAGUUUCAGGCUCCAAAGGAUCUAUAUGGGAGGAGAUUUCCGCUGGUAUGCAUAGCAUGGGCUACAAAAGAACAGCAAAGAAGUGUAGAGAGCAAUGGGAAAACAUAAACAAAUAGUUCAAAAGGUUGUCGGAAAGCGGGAAGAAGCGGUCGCCAAAUGGUCACGAGUUAUCAGAAUUUUCGUAACUUGGACAUGCUGUAGAGUACUGGACUUGUAAAUCCAGAAGUUGGUGUUAACAUCACUAACAACGGUGACAAUGCCGAAAGUGUGGGAUAUUCACUGUAAACUUGGCUAAAACCUCUUUAUGACACUAAAAUGCAAAAGAAGUUGCUGAGAGUGCUAAAUGUAGUCUCAUCUUUUGCCUUGAUGAUGAA